AUGGAGUCCGAUUCUACAACAAACACCGUUGAUCCUUAUUAUGUUGCCAGACGUAGGAGAAGACUUAUAUUAUCGGCAAGGAGGCGCUCACGUCGGGGUAUACACACUCAACGUCCUAUUAUCCCGGUACAGCCGAGUUUAAGUAUGAUUCCAAACUUGCAUUCUGUGGAUGAUGUUAUUCCAAACUUAUCUUCGGCACGCAAUCAUUCAUAUGGAACCCCUGCAUCCUCUAACUACCAAUGCUUGGAAAAUUCCGUGAACGCCGCAAUGGCUAGAAAGAAGAGUAGGAUAACAUUGUCUAACAAGAAGAAUACACCUAAUAAUGCAAAGAAGGAAAAUAUUUGCAUGACCGGAGAAUCUAUUAUAACCAGAACUGUAACACCGACAUCGGGUUUGCGUUUACCGCUUACUGGUAAUCUAUCUAACAUCAUGAACACAACCCCGUCCCUGAGACAAGUACCUCAACCUAUAUCUCAUAAAAAACCCAGGUUACAUUGGAAUUCUGGAAAUAACUUACUUGCCAGGUUCAACCAAACUGUUCCACCUUAUUGCAACACCGACGAGGCAUCUACUUCUAAUGCACCUACUAAAAAUCAUGCCGCGACUUCGAAUUUUACCGCAGCAACUCAUUAUUCAGAUGGUGCAAAUUCUGAGUCUGAACAUGAUUUGAACAACUGUAGUGGUUUUGAUGAUGAUGAAGAGGUUGAUAAUGAACCUUUACUUGAUUCUUAUCUCGAAGAAUAUUCUGACGUAGGAGAUCGAGCUUGGGAAUGUCCUUCAUGUCACGCAUCUAUGUGGUACCAAGAACACAUAGGCAAUACAAGGCAUACCACUGUUCCAAAGUUCACACGCUGCUGCAGAAGUGGAAAGGUUGUUCUUCCGUUGUUGAACGAUCCUCCGCAACUGCUGCAACAUCUUCUACAUAAUGGAAUCCGUGCAGACAGUAAAAACUACCAAAGCAACAUUCGAACUUACAAUGCCAUGUUUUCAUUCACUUCACCUGGAAUGAAAUUUGACAAUACUGUUGCGGAUGGAGGAGGCCCGCCGACUUUAAGACUGCAUGGUCAGACCUGUCAUCGAAUAGGUACAUUAAUCCCGGAAGAUGGAAGACCGCAAUAUGUGCAACUAUAUAUUUAUGACACCGACAACGAAGUAGAUAACCGACUGAAGUGUUUCGGCGACAACACGGUUACCAAGAGGGAUAUUGUCUCGAAUCUGAAAGUUAUGUUAGACGAAUGCAAUCCACAUGCAAAGGCUUUUCGGAUGGUGAGAGAUCUGUUGAAAGGCAACGCUUUCUUGGACUUGAAGCUACGCCUAAUCAGUGAUAGACCCGAAGAUGGACGUGUCUACAACACACUAACUGUGUCGGAGGUUGCUGCUCUUAUUGUUGGCGAUAUCGAUCCUAACACCCCAAGAGACAUUAUCAUUCGCGCUCGUGAUGGACAUUUGCAAAAAAUUGAUGAGUUUCAUCCGGCUUAUUUGGCUUACCAAUACCCUCUCAUUUUUUUGUAUGGGGAGGAUGGAUAA